CUAGAUUUGGUUUAUUGUCGAGAAAGUUUCUCCUGCAAGCAAUGCUAUAAUCGCGCUUUGUACAAGGUUAGUAACCUGGUAUCAACACUUUUUUAGUUUAAUUAAAUAUCUUCCUCAAGAAAAAAAGUAACAGAUAAAGUACCUGAACGUAUCUCAAAAGGUAUUAUUAGAAUUAUCUCCUUCUCGUGCCAAUGCGAAAACAUAACACUGAAAUUAUUUGAAUUUAAUGGAGAAUUCUGCCCUUUUAUAAAAACAUUUUUUAAAGUUAUCUGAACUUGGCAACAUGCAUAACUUUGUGAAAAAUUCUGCCCCUUUUGCAUUGUGUGAGCAAUGUUGUUUAACAUUUGACUGUUGAUUCAAACGGCGGAACUUUUCAUUACGCCCAACUCUCAAUUAGUAGAUGCAAACUAGAGCAAUUUCAACGCACAGUUUGAAAGGCAAAAGGUAGUUGUUUAAGAUGGCUAGUCAAAAAGAGAUCCUUAUAAUAUACUUCAAACGCACGAGAAAUUCUUAUUAAAGAACUAACCAGGAGGUAAAAAAGGUUCCCAUUUUUAUUGUUGUUGCGUCAAAUUUCCAGUUUCUUGGCCACAUUAGAAAUUUGCUGAAACUUAUUAACACAUGGAAAAUGAAAAACGUGUUUAUAUUAAACGAACAAAUUACAAAACAUAUGUUUGUAUAUACCGUACCGAGGGCACAAGGCAGAAACUGAAGUUUUCUCCGGUUUCUUGAAAGAAGCUGAAAUGCUUGAUCUCGCAUAUAACCGUGGUCUUUUGUUUCUUGAUGAGCAAAAGCUCUCACUUAUGGUUUUAGAAAAUUUACAAAUUUUCCUCUAGCUUUAUCAUUUAAACCAUUUUAGCAGGUGUCUCUGAGUUUUAUUUUCAGUUCCAGGCAGUUUCAUAUAUCCUAAGCUCAUACAUUCAUUGCACUUAUUUGAUUUUACAAAAAAAAAAAACUUUUAAGAAAAAUAAUUUCUAUUCUAUGUUUUAAUUUCUUUUUGCGGGAUGUUUCUGCUUUUGUUAUAUUAAUUAUAACAGCCUGAUUAAAGCUAACGCUGCCGCUUAAAUUUGUUGUUUUUUAUCCCCCAAACCUAGGUAAUUAGUAAAGAAAAAAGCUUCUGUUGUGCUCUAGUUUCCGAAGCAAUACGUCUAAUAAAAUAUAUUUUUACAUGUUUUAGCUUUUUAGACAUUUUUUGUGACAGUUACAACGCUUUUAGAGACUAUACCACUAAUUACACUGUUAAUACUGUCAGUAUCAGCCAGGUCCAGUUGCUAAAACAGUGUGGGCGGAAGAAGUUAUAUCAUAACUAACUGAAUACAGGAACUUUGUGUAGAAGUUUAUAAAUUAAGAUCGCUCACGUAUUUUCUGUACAACAUUUUUCACCAUUUCUAACAAAUUAGUUUUGUUAAGUAUCCCCCGCCCGCUUAACUAUUCUAGUUGUGUCAUCGACGCCAGUUUAGUCAAAUGACGCAGAGUCGGCAGAAUUUUAGGGUUACUAAGCAACUCUACAAAAAUUAGAAAGCCGCGAGAAUUAGUAGGAGUAAAAAUUAUGAGAGUAUUAUAAAAAAAGAAAACGGUUCGAUAAUUAUUUCGGUUUUAAGUGUUUCUGAAAAGAAAACACAAAGUCAAUAACUAACAUUUUCCUUAAAAAACCUUGAGAUACCACUUAAUGUAUAUAAUUUAACUGCCAAUGUGUAUGUCGUGUCUUUUCCCCGCGAAUUUUAAUUAUGUUAAUGUAUUUUCUUUGUUUUCGAGCACGUGACAUAGUUGUGAUGCAGUCGGUCACAAAAUUUAGUUCGCGUGGAUUCUAUUUUCUUCUUUGUAGCUUGAUAGUUCAGUUUGAUGCGGUUGCAUGAACAAGUUUUUUCGAGUAUCGUCGGUGAAUUCGUAUUUGCUCGUGAAAUAGCGGCGAAAGGAAACGGUGGAUUAAACAGGAUUUAGGGACGACGCGUGGACUAGUAAUUUGUGGCGAGUAUGAUCUUCUCGUCGAAGUAUCCCACAGUGUAAUACAUUAAUCUUUGGUAUUUUUUUGGAAAGCUAGUAUGCUGUAAAAAUUGCAGAGAUAGUUUCACACGCUACCUUGGACUUUCAAGUGUAAAUUCAUUGAUGUUAGACUAUGUUGGAGAAACAUUGUUUUCAUUAUGAGCGAUAAGUUUACCCGUCCCAUUAAAUUAUUCCAUGAGGACUGAGAGUCUAAGAAACGAUAUGGAAAAAAAAAUUUAUUUAACGGUAACCAUUACAUUGGAAAAUGUGUGUUCUCUUAUUGCUUAACACAUUAUCGUUUACUGGAGUCCGUAAAACUCGGUAAAAUGCAUAACUUCGUAAAUUCUGCGCCUUUCAUGCAUUGUCUGGGCCAUGCUGUUUGAAAUUUGACUGAUGAUUCAAACAGCUGAACUUUUUAUUGCGCCCAACUCAAUUAGCAGAUGAGCACAAAGAAAAUUUCAACGCACAGUUUAAAACGCAAAAUAACGUUGUUUAAAAUACCCAGAGACCACUUUAGCAUAUUUUGAAUGCAACAAAAAUUUUUAUUUGCGAAUUAACCGAGAGGUAAAAAAAAUAUAUUCCCGUUAGUUUGUUUUUGUUUUUUUUGUGUGUCAAACUUUGCGGUUCCGUGUCGGAAUAUCACGUUAAAAAUUUGUUUAACCUUAUUCAAACGUUUCGAAAAUGAAAUGCCUUUAUAUUAACCGAACUGGUGACAAAAAACUAUCUUUGACAUGAUCAAGAAGUAUUGACAGUAUUGUUAGCUGCGUUUUAACAUAAGGAUAUAGGAAUAAACCGAUCGUAUUUAGUAACAUCUUAUCACAGAGAAAAAGCGUUUGCUAGCUGCAGGAUUCUAUCGCCAGCCUUUCGAAAGAAUUACAUUCAUAACCUCUCCUUUUUAACGUCCCUUUAUUACGGACGCUUUGCUUGGUUCUAUGUAAAGAUAUCAAACUUCAUACAAUUCCCAACUCCGUAAUACGCACAACUCUGUAAUGAGGACACCUGAAUCUGUCCCUUUCAGUGUCCGUCAAUUUGCAAUUUCACUGUGCUUAACGUGGUUGCUCUAUUUACUUCUUUAUUUUUUGUUCUGUUUAACAAUUAAUGUGGACUCCUGGCUUUGUCGCUUUUAUGUAAAUGAAGUUGAAGAUAAAGUUGAAGUCAGAACGCAGGAGCAGGAGCACCGAACGACGUUAUUUGCCCCCCAAAAUUCAGAAACCUAUUUUAGGUCAUAUAAAGUGCUUUUUUAAAAACGCUUUCCAAGCGUUGCCACGAACUUUUUAUCUGUUUGGUCGUUCACUAAGGCAAACAAACCAUUUGGAAUUCAUAAGGGUUGAAUUGUCAUUUUCUCGAAAAUGACGGCUGACAUAUCCAUACGUUUACGGAAACGUGAAAUUUCCUAUUACUCUUUCCAUCACUAUUUUCGAAAACGAAAAGCUUGCAGGUGCUUUCUUUCACAGGAAAUAGCCAAAUCAGUAGAGUGAAAUGUGAAAAACUAUAUCUUUAAAUUGAAGAAAAGAGAAGACAAUAGAAAAUGCGAAGAUUUUAAAGGGCGCCUUCCAUUUGUCAGAACUAACCAGCCAGACCAUUCCCGUCGCAAUGAUAACUUCCGUUUUAAACAAAACUCUCCAGCCAGAUAGGUCAAAUCCUAAACAGCUAUAGUAUGCACGAAGAAGAACAUUUUUCAACAAAAACUCUUGGAAAAAGCCUAUUUCAUUUUCAAACUGACUGGAUGGGCAGUCGUCCGGCCGGCCAGUUCUGACAAAUGAAAAGCGGCCUUCGAUAGACGUGAGGGACUGUAACUAAUCGAUUAAUAAAUUUCUGGAGAUACCAGCGGUUCAGAAUGAAAACACCUCAAUUUUGAGAUCCUUUGUUGCAGAUUUGCGAUCACCAGCUAAUAUGCAGCAGAUUGUUAUAAAUCUGCCUCCGAAAAUUGUUGUAAGGCGGAGCACGCGAAAGUUAGGGCUCACUAAGGCACAGCCGAAGGAAUUUGACCUCACCUACCUAGAUGAGUGCCUUGAGACAAAGAAUCAAGUCCAAGAGAUGGCUUUUGCUUGUGGCAGUACUAAAGCGUAUAGUCAAAUUCAAAAACCAAGUCAAAUUCCAAAAAAUCGGAGUGGUUCAAGAAAACAAACAAACGAAAAAAAAAAACUCCCUUAAUGAGACUCAUGUAAAUUCAGGAGCUAAGGUGGAAUGUUUUGUGUGGAAAGAAAUAAAAUGGUAACUGGCGAAGAAGUUGUGUUUGUAACUUCACUGCCUCAAAAGAGGACAUGGAGUUGAACGGUGCUCAUUAUAGGGGAGCAAGGGACAUAUCCAGUAGAAGGGUAAGUGCGACGAUACCACCCACAACUUCAUGCAGCCAUGGCGCCAUCACAGUUAAACCCGUCGGCUGAGACAUUUUAUCCCCCGCAAGCAGUUACAGGAGACACGUCAACCAAUGGGGCAGCUAACCACACAACCUGUGGAGGGACUGAAGAAGCUGCAAUUGUACCACCCCCUGGAAAGGUUGCCCUGCAGAUGGUACCUCGUUCUGGUUCCUCCUACCUUAAGGAGUAGAUGACUGAUAAAUUGGGUUUGCACGCUUAGCGUACUGAGCAUUCCGUGUUGCUGUUUUUGGAGAGAAGUCGAUUGUGGCGGAUAACAAAACUGUUACUGUGCGGCUAUAGAGUAUGCAAGGGAGUGUUAAGAAACACGUUUUCCUAUGGAUAACCCCGAAAAUUUGUGAAAUGACAGUAGUUGAUUUGUCCCCAAUGCGAAAAAAAAAAUCAUCUUUGCGAUUUGAAUAUCAGAAAGCUAGUUGAACAUGGAGAAUUUGAUUUAUUUAUUAUAAAAGAUUAUUUUGAGAAACUCCUUUUACCACUUGACAAUGGCAUAGGAAAGCCGCAGGAGCCUGUAGGGAACUAGAGGUAGUAUCCCUCGGAUAGACAAUUGUUGGACAUAUUUUGGAAGUAGCAAACUAGUGUCAAAUUGGUAAGCACGUCUUCACAUUCCAUGCAACCUUUAGGGACGAUGAGCUCAUACGGAAGAUGUGGCAUGAAUAAGUUGUGGAGUCACUUUUCGAAACAAGGUCUUGACAAAAGAAGAGGUGGUUGAUGUGCACAUAGUGGCAGAGUUAAGGAGUUUUUCCUGAGGGGCGCUAUAAGGUGGCUAUUCAAUGGCCACGGUUGUAGUGCAGCAGAAAGACCACUCAAGACCGACUCUACUCUCUUGGAAACAACUUUAGCGAAGGUCGAACGUUGCUGGGAAAUACUGCCAGGUGAUGAAAGCAAUAAAGCCAAGGGUUACAUCCGGAAGCUGGUACAGGGAAAAUUGAUUAUGGGCAAAGAUGGUACCUAACUUAUUUUCCUGUAGUGAGAGAAGACAAAUAGGCUACUGUAACGACAUUGAGAGACUAAACAGGCGAAAAUUCAUCAACACAACAGCUUUGAUCAGGCAGAGCUAAGAACAAUUACUUCGAGCACAUGGUAUAACUAGCCCGCCCGCUAAGACUGAUGGGAACUAAAGGAUUACGUCACAUCUGCCCUCUAAGUCGUAAAUAAACUUUGCUCCUGAGUAAACAUAAUAUAGUUCAGAGUCUCUUAUUUUAAAACGUUCUGGGAGUCUUAUCUCCCGACCACUUCUCGUGAUCUUCCUAGGGGUAGUAGGUGUCGGGGUCUGCACAGGACGGCUGGUCGUUGUUAUGUUCUCGGGCAAACAGACAACUGCACGCAAGAUGGUGGAUAAACUAACUGUAUUAAUCAAAGAGCGCAUGGGUUUCACAGUAACCGCAUACAUACUGCGGGCUCAGUAUGAAUUACUGACACUAUAACAAAUGUAAUGAUACACUAUAACACCUCCCCGUAGAAAUGUUGUGCCUGACAAGUAAUUAAAGUACAAGACAACUGUUGAAACUCUCUAAAUGAUCAACAGUUCAAGAAAAGAAACAAAACUAUUAAAAGCACUGUUCAGUGUCAUUAAGGCGAGACUUAAUGAUUUUAUUCCAUUUCUUCAAUCAGUCUCUGUGGUGGUUUAGUAGCACGUUUGGACCGACGCGGAGCAGGGGUGGGAGGAGUAGCUGCGCUUGGUGACUCCACUGACUCUGAUUCUUCAGGUGGGGGUGUACUGCUUUCGAUACUGGGAGAAGUAACGCCUUCAGUAGAUUGAUCAGAUGUAACUUCCACAGAGCUGGAUUGAGUCACAGCAGAACUAGGGGUGUUUUGAAGUACAUCGUCAACAUGUCUCCUCCAAUUCCGUCCAUCGUUCAACUGGACUUGAAAGGAAGCAGGCGAUGUUUGCUGUACGACAGUACCGGCUUGCCACUUCUGUCCCGAUAGGUGGUCACGUGCGAGAACACAGUCGCCUACAGCUAUCUCCUUGUAUUUUGCAAACUUGUCGUGAUCGCACUUCAUUCUGUCUUGCUGGCUGGCCACGCGAGAUCCAGUAUCAGGGGUAACCAGAGACAAUCGAGUGCGAAGUUCUCGCUGUAAAAAUAGCUUUGAGGGGAUGAGCCGGUUGUAGCGUGUGGUGUGCUUCUGUAAGAUAAUAGGAAAUUCUGAAUCCGCCGCUGUAUAGAGCUUGCGGGAUCGUCAGCUGAUGACUCAAUUGCAUACUUGGAAGUCUGCUCAAACCGCUCAGCCAACCCAUUUGAAGAGGGAUGGUAAGGGGAAACAAAAAUUCUCUGAAUGCCAUUUUGCCGCAGGAACUCUUCAUACUCUGCAGACUGGAAGGGUGGGCCAUUGUCGCUGACUACUUGGGUUGGUAGACAGUAUCUUGCAAAAAUAAUACGCAUGGCAUUAAUGGUUGAGUCGGCUGUUGUUGUUUUCAUGGGACCAAUCACUUCAGGCCACUUAGAGUGGGCGUCGACCAUGAUGAGGUAAUGUUUUGCCUGAUGGGUGGCAAAAUCUACGUGAACACGUUGCAAUGGAGCUGUCGGCCAAGACCAUGGAAGAAGCGGUGAGGUUGGAGGAGCCCUGUGGGUUUUGUUGCACGGUUGACAUUCACGGGUAACCUUUUCAAUCUCCUGAUCUAUUUUCGGCCACCAAACAUGACUGCGGGCUAUUGAUUUCAUGCGUGCAAUUCCAGGAUGACCUUCAUGUAACUCUGUCAGGAUAGUUUGUCUUAAAGACGGAGGUAUGACAGUUCGCAGGCCCCACAUAAGGCAGCCUUGCUCCACAGAGAGUUCGUGUCUGCGUGUGAAGUAUGGCUUGAGGUCAGGAUCGGCGCAGCGAUUAAUAGGCCAACCAUUCUGCGUAAGCAACAGUGCUUUCGCUAACAAAGGGUUUGUAGAUGUGUCCUUGGCGAUUUCUGCGGCAGAAACUGGGUGUCGUUUUAACCGCUGAGGGGCCACGUGGAAGAUUUCCUCUUCCACACUUGCAUCUUUCCUGUACUGAAGUGGGAGCCUUAACAAGGCGUCAGCGCUGGCUACUUAGAAGAUGACUUGAACUCAAUUUCGUAGUGGUACGAAGAGAGAAGAAGGGAUCAGCGUUGCAGUCUAGCAGCAGCCAAAAUUGGAGUCGCAGAAUCCGGAGCAAAUACUUUCAACAGGGGUUUGUGAUCAGUUCGCUGAGUGAACUUGCGUUCGAAGACAUACAUGUAAAAUUUGGUGACCCCAAAAAUGAUGGCAAGACCUUCCUUCUCGAUCUGACUGUAGUUUUUCUCAGACGAGUUCAAGGACCUGGGGGCAUAUGCGAUAGGUCGCUCAUCACCAUUAGGGAAGCGGUGAAAUAUGACUGCUCCGAUUCCAUACUGGCUAGCAUCGCUCUCAAGAAUAACAGGAAGGCUCGGGUCAUAAUUAACCAAUACAUGAGAGGAUGAGAGUGAGUCCUUGGCCUUUUUAAAUGCCUCCUCGCACCAGGGGGGCCACUGGAAUUCUUGGUUACCUUGGAGAAGCUGAUUGAGUGGUUGGAGGAUAGAGCUCAGGUUUCGGACAAACUUGCCGUGAUAAUUGAUCAUUCCAAGGAAGGCUUUCAGCUGGGUGAGGUUCUCAGGGCGUGGUGCUUGUUUGAUGGCCUCUACCUUUUCCUCUGUAGGAGAGAUUCGGCUGGCAGAGAUGACACAGCCCAUGUACGUUACUGAUUUCUGCAUGAAUUUGCAUUUGCUUAGCUGAAGUCGCAAGCCAUAAUGGUCUAGACGGCUGAGGACGCUGUCUAAGUUCUUAAUGUGUUCAUCGUCAUCCUUGCCAGUAAUGAGAAUGUCAUCUUGUAUACUCGCCACAUGAUCUAAACCCUGAAGGAUGAUGUCCAUAGUGCGCUGGAACAAAGCGGGUGAAGAAGCAAUACCGAAGGGUAGCCUUUUGUAGCGGUAAAGACCUCUGUGCGUAUUGAUGGUAACGAACUGUUGGUUUUCAGGAUCCAAAGGGAGCUGCUGGUAGGCACUCUUUAAGUCGAGCUUAGUGAAACGUUGUCCACCCCCUUAGUUUCAAGAAGACAUCCUCCGGGAAGGGAAUUGGAUACUGAGGGACGUGAAGCUGGGGGUUGACAGUAACGGCAUAAUCACCACAAGAACGUGUAGUUCCAUCUGCCUUGGGGACAUGAACAAUUGGGGUAGCCCAUUCACUGAAUUCCACCCGUUCGAAAAUUCCGUCUGACUCGAGACGGUUGUAUUCAACUUCAACGGCUUCCUGAAGAGCAUAGGGGACAGAACGAGCCUCGCAAAACUUGGUUUGAAAACGUUAGGGUGGUUUUGGAUAGUUGCACGCAACUGGGAAGCCACGCCCUGUGGGAGGUCUGUCUCCGACACGCGAAUAUUGCAGAUCUUCGUCCAGUCGAGUUUUAUUCGGGACAGCCAGCCUCUUCCAAAAAGGGAUGGGCCUGAGCCUUGAACAACAAGAAGUGGGACAUCGGUGCUCUGGUCUUGGUACUUUAGGUGUGCAAUUAUUUGCCCGUGUACCUUGAGUGGGUGUCCUGUGUAUGCACGUAGCCGAGUAUUGGACGGCAUGAGGGGUGUGCCACUGAAGUGUUUCUUGUAAGUUUCUUCUGAAAUAACUGAGACGCCGGCACCAGUGUCUAAUUCCAUUAGAAGAGAGGUUCCGUUCAGUUCAACGGGUAUCUCAAUACCUUGCUGGCCUGAGCUCAGAUUGUACAGCGAGAGAGAAAAAGGAUCAACUGAAUCAUCGGGAGGACUAGUUUGAGGGUUUUCUGAUCCUUCUAGCUGCUGCACUUUCUGAGGUUUCCCUUUGCAUGCCUCCGAGAUGUGACCAACUUUCCCGCAAGAAUGACAUGUGUAAUUUCUAUACUUACACUUUUUUCCGCAGCUCAAACAUUUCGAGCGGUCUUUAAUGUUGCUGCUAGAGGAAUUGAACUUGCCUCGCUUGCCAGGACCCUUACGACGUUGGGUAGGCUGAAAACAUCGACGAUUACCAGAGUCGACUUUGUUAACAGAAGCUGAACUUUCUUGCGAGAACGCAGCAACAUCCUUUUCGGCAGCUUCGGCGCCGAGGGCGACCUUCAGUGCUGCAUCGAAAGGGUGUUCCUCGGUUAGCAGUUUCUUUUGUGUCUCCAUACUGCGAUGACCACAGACGAAACGAUCGCGUAAAGCUUUAUUCAGAUGAGUGCCGAACUGGCAAGUUGAAGCCAGAUGUUUCAGGUUAGCAGCGAACGCUGUGACACUCUCCCAUUCGCGUUGUGUAAAAUUGUGGAAUCGGUAUCUUUCGGUGAUAACCAGCUUCUUCGGUGCGAAAUGAUUCUUUAGGAUAGUGGUGAGCUGUGCAUACGUUUUCUCAGAAGGAGGAAUCGGUGAGCAGAGACCCGAAAGAACAUCGUAGGCCUUGGCGCCAAUACAAGAAAUUAGGAUUGCUCUUCGUUUGCGUGACUCUGCAGAGUCGGCGGGAACGCUGUUUACCACGAAAUAUUGUUCCAGUCGCUCCAGGUAGCGAUUGAUGCUUGUAGUAGCUGAAUUGAAAUUCUCUAUUUUGCCGAGGCUUGGCAUGGUCGCUCGAUUUCUCGUCGCCAGAAAUGUUAUGUUCUGGGGUAAACAGACAACUGCACACAAGAUGGCGGAUCAACUAACUGUAUUAAUCAAACAGCACAUGGGUUUUACAGUAACCGCAUACAUACUGUGGGCUCAGUAUGAAUUACUGACACUAUAACAAAUGUAAUGAUACACUAUAAGAGUCGUAACGCUGAAAGAUGCUUGAUCAGGAACUACAGUGUCUCCCUGGUUUCCUACUUCAGAUUUUUCAGGUAGGGGGUUCAGGUGGCGUUUUUUUACUCCUCAGCUCACCAUUUGAGCAUCUACUGCGUAAGACAGUGGGGUUCCAACUUUGUUCAGAACUGUCCCUUCAACUCUCUGGUCUGGUAACCAAACUCGUUCUCCAGGGGAGAGGUCUGAAAGGUUCUUUUGGAGUCGGCGCAACUUGAGCUUUCUUAAGGAGGUGUUUCACAGUUUGGACUGCACGUUCAACUUCACCAUUUGCUCUUGGAUAGUUCGGGCUGGUCGUGAUGUGAGUGAAGGCGUAAUCUUCGGGGAAAAACAUUCGACGAGAACUGCGGAUCGUUUUCUGACACAAGUUGGUCCUGUAUACCAUGUCUUGAUAGAUUGAUUUCAGGUGUGCCACUAUAUCCGGUGAAGUAGUAUGGGUUAGCUUAGCAACUUCAGCGUACAUAACGCGAGAAGUUAUCACUUACAAGCAGAAAGGUAGGUUAAAAUCGCUAAGAAAACUCUGAAGGUAACAGUUGGAAAUGCAGGACUAAACUAUGUGAAGAAGAACUUAAAACUGCUAAAAAAAGUAGAAACCUUGAUGAACGUGAUACCAUUGACGUAUGAAGAAGCAGCCCCCUAGACGAGCCAGUGACCACUCCUAACCAUUCUUAGUUGGAAAGCUGUAAUUGUAAUAAUAUUGUAAUGCACCAGGCGCUUAUGCAUGCAUGAUUCUUGAUUUUGUAGCUUGUCAACGGAAAAAGCAAUAAAUGUAAUAGAAUACUCUGUUGAUAAGAUAAUUUCCUGCCUUACAAUUUUAGUCAGGCUAACAAAAAAAUGUUUUCGCGGCGUAACGAUUCCAGACAUAGGAAUGCGUAACAAGAUCCCUCAUCUGAUAUCAGUUUUGUGUAUACAGCGAAGACGACUCGAUCGGAUCAAGCGCUGUAAACAGGUGCACCCACUGAAUUAAUGCGUUCGCUUAAACGGUUUCCUUUUCUAAAUGAUGUUCUAUUGUGUCAAAAGUCACAACAAGUUUAAAAUACUUGAUACAUUUAAUGAAUUAUUGUGUUAUUGUGGCUUUGCAUUGAGACCUUCCAUCGUGUAUUGUAAACAUGCAGUUAUAAUAGAAAAUAGGCAUAUUUCGUCGAUCGGCUGUGCUGAUAAACCGUUUAAAUCACAACAUAUUUUUAUGUUUCUAUGUUUUUGGACAUUCCCUUGGUUGGUCUGAAAAGACAUUUUUUUUAGAAGAAGAUGUGGGGAUUUUGGACAGUACUAGGAUGAAAAUAUGCAUUUUUGAGCCCUUUUCCACCUACAGCAAAGUGGGUGUAAAUCAAAAUAUAUUUAGUAGACAUGAGUUGCUUUUGAAGGACCAAAAUUGUGUGCUUUACACCAUUUAAGGACCAACUUAAUCCUAGGAAGUGAAAAAAAAAAUCGUUGAAAGUGCAAAACUUUGAAGUGGUGAACUCGGCAAUAUGCGGUAUUUUUACUCUUUUUCACUGCAAAAAUUUGGCCGCCGGGGGCUGAAGUGAUUUUCCUCCCGAAACAUUUUCAAAAACUAAUGCGGUUUCAGUUACUUUUGGACUAAGAUAUAUUUAUGGCAAAGUUUAAAGGGAAUCGAUUUUCCGAACCGAAACGCAGUGGACCGGUUUUAGGGAGACUCUCUCUUAAGCUUGAUAUACUGGCUUUCAAAAUGCAUGCACCUCCGUAGUUGAAAGCUUUUUUGAAACCAAGUCUUUCGUUGUGUUUCUUACCAUCAAUUUUGAAUUUUUCCCAUUUAAGAGGAGUUGGUGAUCUACUUUACCUUUAGUGACCGAAGGUUUAAAAAGAGGGGUGGAAAAAUGUUCUCGACUACUUGGAAGGGUCCACACAAUUUUUUUUCCACUCAAGUUAACUUGCGUCCCCCAUCACUUUUCUAAUGAUGCCUUUCUAACUCGGUCCUUUCUUGCCUGUUGUAAUCGAUUCCGCCGUUACCUUUUGAGUGAGUUAGUGCCAAGGUUGCUGCAGUGGUGAGAAUACUCGCUUCCCAUUAAUGGUGCCCGGGUUCAAAUCCGGUGGUGUCGACGCCAUAUGCGAUUGUGUUUGUUGUUAGUUCUUUCCUUUGCCCUGAGAGAUUUUUGUCCGGCUGCUACGAUUUUCCAAUUUUCAAUUCCAAUUUAAUGAAGAAUGGUAGAUGAAGAAUCACUGAACAUAAUGUGGAUGUGCUUAACCACUAAAUAAUUAUUCAUUUGUAAUUAUUCGUUAUUUUUAUUAAACAGCCAAAGCAACUGAGAAAUUUCCGAGCCCAUGACCAUCGAUAAAGUAACUUUAAUGACUUAAUAACAGGCACUUUGUUACUACUUAGUAGUCUGCUUACUUUGUUGCGAGAGUCAACAUCAGUGAUGCGCCAAGAACAGAUGAGGGCCAGAAUGAUUAGCAGCAUUCAUGUAAAGCUUUUGCAUUUGCGGGUAAAAAUUUGUCAUUGUUCUCAAACACAAGGACAGUAAAAAAAUCCAAUGUUUUUUUCUUUCACAGAUGUCAAUGCGAGUACGAAUCUUCGUUGGAUUAAUCGUGGUGUCAGUGUGGACAGUUGAAGGCAAGUAAAAUCAUGAUUCGUUUGUAUUGUCGUCUUUUACGGUUUUUUCUUGUCUCUGUUAUGCAUUAACAAACCAGCUAGAAGUGUAGCACAAAUUAAUUCGAAACCAAAGUAUGCAUGGGCAAACACAUUAUUUUGAGUGUAAAUGAUAAUAAAUGUGCAUAGCCUGCGAACGGCAGACGUUUCUCCUCGCUCAUCGCAGCUGAGGGACGUUUCGCGAGGAGGAACGUCUGCGACUCAGCGACAGAAAUUCCAUACUGAUGACGCAAAAUCUGUCCGGAAUGCGUUCAGAAGGUCGACGGAGUAGUUUCAUUGUUCUAGCUAUUGUUUACCAAUGACAGACAAAAGGCAGAAGGCGGCAAAGGUCAAAUGUAAACGCGAUAAAUCUCUAACAAAACAGUCAAUAUGUGUUGAAUAUGUGUCUUCUCUAGAAGAAGCAUUUGAGUUUUGCUGGAGCUCAUUCGCAGAUGAACACAACACUUUUCCAAAAUUGACCAGGAAAAACGUAAAAUUGAACAAAUUUGCAUUUGGAAUCCCAUGAAUACCGGAUUUAUUAUGUAAACAUUGAUUUACGUCAUCAGUAUGGAAUUUCUGUCGCUGAGUAGCAGACGUUCCUCCUCGCGAAACGUCCCUCAGCGGCGAUGAGCGAGGAGAAACGUCUGCCAUUUGCAGGCUAAACUGUGCAAGAAUUAAUUUUUCUUUGUUAAAGGGACUGGUUCACGAUAAUGCGCAUGUGUGAGUUCUGGCAGUAGCUGAUUGUUUUUCAACCAAUCGGAAGCGAGUUAAAUGCACGCAAGUAAAUUUACAAAAUUCAAAUUAAUUGUUCGCGACGCGAGAGUAUUUCCGGGCAUUUGGUUUGAUUUUAUUUAUCCCCAUAAUUCAAGUUUAUUCUUUGCUACUCCUCAGAUAUAUGUUGCAGCCGAUAAGAAUAAAAUUUACAGCCCUGUCCUGCUUUGAAACAAACAUUUACCAACGUGUAUUUUUUACGAGGUUGUAUCCACGCUAACAAAGCGGUCACCGAUCGGCAAACAAAAUUUGUAAACAAACAUCUUAUUACUGUUCUCUCAGUUCGCCUUAUAUAAACCCAGAAAUACCUACAAAUAGCGCUUGACCGGUGACAAAAGCACACAACGUAUGAGUAUAAAGAUUAUCCUUAACUGAGCAUAAAUUUCAAUUGCUUAUCAGCAAAUGAACAAAUUCAUUCGCGUUGCAUCGGGUCAGUGUUCCGCAAAACAAAUGUUAUCGAGUAGCACACAUAAAGAAACUAGAUUAUAAACAGAAUAUUCAGGCAAUAAUUUAUUUUAAAAACAUCAAUUCUUAAACAUAUACGAUGGUAAAGCAAAGAUACAAGGAACAUUUCAAGUGUACCAGUUCGGUGAAGAUCGCGCGGCCUGUUGCGGUAUAACUACAGGUCGGAGUCAAAAAUCAAAUCAAAGUUGAACGAAAUCAUGCCUUUAACCACUUUCCAAGUGUCCUGUAUUCUUUUCGUAAGCCACACACUACUCCUAGAACCAUACCAGAUCGAUAGGCUAAGCUUCUCUAUCUCCAAAGACUCUUGAGAACGUCCUGUUGCCGGACGGCCACGAUGCUCUUUUGAACCUCAUGAUCAAAACAUUAUUUUUUGCGUCUUCUUAAAACGUUACCAGUCAAACGACACAACCACACGUUAAUCACCACUAUCGAAGUAUAACUAGACCAGCCAAAGCGACGGAUGUCCGAAUAAAACGAAGGAUUUUCAAAGAUUGUACUGGUAAUGGCGAUUUCGAAUUUAGUGUUGACCCAACAAAGUUAUUCUGGAGAGAAAAACGGCGCGCAUGCGCAUUAUCGUGAACCAGUCCCUUUAAUGUUGGGGUUAACUUGAAACGCUCUAUAAGGCAAUGUUCAGGGGAACCCAACGAGAAUAUAGUUCAAAACCACUUAAACAUAGCAUUUUUAACCGUAUUUUAGUAUUUAAACGGUAGAUAUAUUUAGGCAAUUGUUUCAUCUGUUCGGAUUUCCUAGCUGAAAGUCUAGCCAUCCGAAAAUUAUAGGUAUCAAAACUUACCUUUUCGAAAAUUUUAGCCAGAAAAAAGGCUCCCGGAAAUUCUAGGUGACCUUUUUAGGCUAAAAAUCCGUUAAAAAUGGGCAAUUAUACCAUUUUUAGACGUUCGAAAAUCUUAGGAGAGGCAGGCAAGCUACAGAUUUUCAGAAAAAAAUGUUCCAAAAAUUCUAGAUCUCAAAUCGUCUUCCGAACAGAUAUUUUCCGAAAAUUGACGUUGGGUGCCCCUGACUGUUGUUAUAAACUAUAUAUAAAAACAUUACUCCAUGCUUAUUUUCUUGUAGCUUGUAGAUCAGCCGCUGCCAUAAUCCGUAAGGGAAAUCUACCGACUGAUAACACUAGACAUAAAUCGUAUUAAUGCAUCUUUCCAGGCAGGCCACUGAGGUAAAACAAGGGGUCAUUAUAACAAAUAAAAACCUACAGUUCCAUUUCAGUGGCCACAAUAAUGACCUGCUGGUUCUAAAACAAUGGAAAGGUGCAUUCAAUCGGAUAAUGAACUCGCUCUUCAGCCUCCUUCUGCCGCUGCUUUGUAAGAAGGCCUCGGGCUCAAGCAUUAUCCUGUAUAUAUUACAUUGCAUCUUUACGUAAUGUAUUACUAACCUUUUUUACUGUUUUCUUCAAAACUUGGAAGAUAAUCUUGGACUGUUUACCCUGUCCACUCAUAUAGCUCGGUUACUAAAUCUGAAGGCUUUCUUUACUUGCGAAACUUUCAGAACCUCGACUUUAACCAAACAAGCUUCUUGAUUAAGCACUAUAUUUUUUAUCAAAAAUUUCCUUAAUUAUUAAAAUAAGGGUCUUUAGAGUACGAGUAUUCCCCCAUUUUUCCUCAGGGAUAGUAGAGCGAGCGAAACGCGAGCGCACGUGAAAAUCGACUCACGCGAGAAAGGCGAGACGCGGUGGGGAGACGCCGCGUGUCGCCUUUUCUCACGUGGGGUGAUUUGCAUUCAACUGAGGUGAAUCCAUGUUUUGUGCCAUUCAGCUCAGAGGUUUCAUUUUAGUGACUCUUUGCAUGUGAGUUUUUAUGUUUCUCAACAAAUCUUCUUACCAAUGGCGGUGUGUACAGUUAAUUUUUUAUAGAACUGACACUCAGACAGACAAAUGAGUCUUAAAUCAUUAAAAUAAAAUAUUUGUCUGACUCUUAAAACAAAAUAAAAAAGUGAAACAAACAUUGCAAACAUCAUUUGUCUCUCUGUAACAGACCCAGUGAAACCCUAUCCAGGGGCUCAAUUCAUUCUAUCCGGUGGUAAUUUAUCCUCCCUGAUACCUGGAGAAUAGUUCGUUUCUACCUGCAUAAUUUUGCCCCCCUCCCCCUCCCCCCCCCGCCACUUUCUAUUAUGGCUUCUACAAAAUCAGUGUAUUUCGUUAUUCGUAUUUGAUGUUUAAAAGGAGCAAAAAUAUAAAACAUAAUUACCAUUGACAAAAAAAAAGGGUUUUAAAAGGUUUCAUACCAGUAAAGAUGUAGGGCAUGUUACCCUUUCUAGCUUUUAUGAGAGAUACAAAACUAAGAACAAAAAGCCCAGUGGUAAAUAAACCAACCCGGUGACGUUUUCGCCGGUAAACAGGUGAAGAUGUAGAUUUUACUGGGUAUGUUAAAAAGGGUGUUCAUGAUCAUUAGCCCAUAUAAUAGCGAUCAUAACGAUCCAGCUUCUCAGUUGUGCUAUGGAACCGAAGAGAAUUCUUGUUACUAAUAACGUGUUAAGCGUUAAAAGUUAGCCCGUCAAGAGAGUAAAGUUUGUGAGUUUUUUAAACAUUGAUUUUCGCACUUCUAUUUGCAGUUGUCAACUCUGAAGCAUGUUUCUUUGCUGUUAACGAAUCCAGUGGGUUCAUCAGCUCCAGUGAAACCAACAACUACAAGCGUUGUACGUGGAUCAUCACAGCACCAUCUAACCAAACCAUCAAACUGAUAUUUACGACCUUUCGUUCAUCUGCUUAUUUCUGGAAU